AGGCGAGUUAUUCACUUCCUCGUUAAUCAUGGCGGAUGAGAAUGAGACAGCACCGAAGCAGGAGAAAGAACUGGAGCUAGAGGAGGACCAUGGACAUUGCAGCGAUUGCGAAAAUGAAGAGCAUCAUUUCGAUGAUGGAGAAAAAGGGGACACGGGGGCCAAAAAGAAGAAAAAGAAACAUAAGAAAAAGAAGGACAAAUCUGGAGGAAAGGACUCCUCCCAGGACCCGCUGGCCAAAGUGAACUCUCUCCCUGCUGAUAAGCUUCAGGAGAUUCAGAAAGCCAUCGAGCUCUUCUCGGUGGGACCAGGACCAGCCAAAACCAUGGAAGAGGCCUCGCGCCGUAGCUACCAGUUCUGGGACACUCAGCCUGUCCCUAAACUAGGAGAGAUGGUGACAACACACGGCUGCAUCGAGCCUGAUAAGGACAACAUCCGAGAGGAGCCUUACAGCCUUCCUCAGGGCUUCACCUGGGAUGCCCUGGACCUCGGCAACCCUGCUGUGCUUAAGGAGCUGUACACUCUCCUGAACGAGAACUACGUGGAGGACGAUGAUAACAUGUUCCGCUUUGACUAUUCGCCCGAGUUCCUGCUGUGGGCGCUACGUCCUCCAGGCUGGUUACCGCAGUGGCACUGUGGCGUCAGAGUGAACUCCAAUCAGAAACUCGUAGGCUUUAUCAGUGCCAUCCCAGCCACCAUUCGCAUCUACGACAUUGAAAAGAAGAUGGUGGAGAUUAAUUUCCUAUGUGUGCACAAAAAGCUGCGCUCCAAACGCGUGGCUCCGGUGCUGAUCCGAGAGAUUACCAGGCGGGUCAACCUCCAGGGCAUCUUCCAGGCUGUCUACACUGCUGGAGUGGUACUGCCCAAACCUGUGGGGACCUGCAGAUACUGGCACCGAUCUCUAAACCCACGGAAGCUGAUUGAAGUGAAGUUUUCACACCUGAGUCGAAACAUGACUAUGCAACGCACUAUGAAGCUCUACCGGCUUCCAGAGGCUCCGAAGACCGGAGGCUUGAAGGUGAUGACAGUGAAGGACGUCCCUGCUGUGCACCGCCUGCUGCAGGAUUAUCUCCGUCAGUUCAACCUGGCUCCUGUCAUGAGCAUGGACGAGGUGCAGCACUGGCUCCUGCCCCAGGAGAACAUCAUCGACACCUACCUGGUGGAGAAUCCUGAGGGGAAGGUGACAGACUUCUUGAGUUUUUACACCUUGCCAUCCACCAUCAUGAACCACCCAGUGCACCGCAGUCUGAAGGCGGCCUAUUCCUUCUACAACGUGCACACCACCACGCCACUGAUCGACCUGAUGGGAGACGCACUCAUCCUCGCCAAAUCGAAAGGAUUUGACGUUUUUAAUGCACUGGACCUGAUGGAGAACAAGACGUUUCUGGAGAAGUUGAAGUUUGGUAUCGGAGAUGGGAAUCUACAGUAUUAUCUGUACAAUUGGAAAUGCCCCAGCAUGGGCCCAGAGAAAGUUGGUUUAGUCCUGCAGUGAUCCUAUUGCCUCGUCAAAGCCCUUCCUUGCGUCAUAGUGAAGCCAAGAACUGACGUCACGCACUGACCACCUGACUAAUGCUCCAGAGGGACUUCCAGGUUAAGGAAGAUAAAGCCACCACGUUUUUUUUUUUUUUUUUUUUUUUUUUGGACCUGCACUACUACCGCUGCCAGGCUUUUCUUUCUCUCUUUUUUCUGUGUUUCCCCUUUGCUUUUACUCUCUGGUUCUUUUUUUGUUUUUUUCUUCUUUAGUUUCUCCCUCAGCACUUGGAUCUGAAGCCACUGUAAUUAAUUCCGAUCGUCCACGAUGACAAACCGGUGCGAUCAUGGAUUGUGAUGAGUGCAAACAGCAGCUGCUUUUUCACGCCCUCUCCAGCAAUGCUCCUCUCUCUGACAGUGAAGAGACUCAGUCUAGACGUUUACUCUCCCCAUCCAAAUGUUUCUUUUUUUCCCCCAAAAAAACAAUAGAGAACAGUAAUCUUCUUUGCGUGGUAUUUCUAACAAAACAAACAAAAACACUAUAAAAUGCCUGAAACAAGAGAUGAGGUAAUAAAACUUCAGAGUGGACAUUACAAGGGCUGUUGUCAGUAAUUUUCUUCGUUAAUCGCCAUGGCAGUGUCAUUGAUUAAUUGAUGUUGUACUUGGUAUAAGGGAGAUUUUUUUUUUUUUUUUUUAAUCCUUUGCUUUUUUUUUCUUUUUUCUAAUUGAUAAAUCGCUGCUUUCUCACUAACUGACUGCCUGUGAUUUCACUGUAAUGCCAACAGAGAAGCUCUGUGUAAAUACACAAAUAACAUGUAACAGCAAAUUAUCAGUAAAAUAAACAACAGAUAGGAGUCCAGACCAUGGCAUGGACAUGACUAAUGAUUAAUCCUCAGAGGUUGACUGUUGCCUGGCAUGAACAAUGAGUGUGUUGGAAAGGUGAAGACGCAUCAGGGGUUGUGAGCAGGGUUGAAAUAAAUAUUUAAAUGCAGAGCUAAUUACAAUGUGUUUUUUUUUUUUUUUGUUUUGUUUAGUUUUUUUUAUAUAAUUUAAUUUUUUUUGUAAGGGGUUGUAUGCUUUUUAAGUAAAUUGUAAUUGCAAUCCACAAAGUUUUACUGCUGCAGGAAGACGACUAUAGAGCGAGAUCAAGAAUCUGAAGGGUAUUUCAGAGUAACAUGUGAUUCAGUGUUUUUUAUAUAUAUAUAUAUAUAUAUAUAUAUAUAUAUAUAUAUAUAUAUAUAUAUAUAUAUAUAUAUAUACAGGAAGUGUUGACUUAAAGCCAUAGUGUUGAAUUGACACCGUUAUAAAGGAACUCCUAGGGCAGUAGUGUACGAGUUUAAUUUUUGGAUUUCUUUGCCGUUUGGAGGAAACUGAUCUACAGCCGACUUAACCCAACUGUAUUAGGACAAAAACAAAUAAACCGUCUUUUGCUUUUCAUGAUGGAGCAGGAAAACGUUGUCAACAUUGAUUUUUUUUGUGCUGAAUAAAAGUAGAAGCUGCUGUCA